GAUCACGAAGUGUUGUCGUCGAGAUAUUACAUUGAAAACAAAACGCAAAAUAUCUCGAAAUUAUUUGCCAAAAACAGGCGGCAUUUUGGAAUAAAACGUCGUCAUAGAAUCAGGUUUUUAAUAAAUGACGCAUUUGCUGGCCUUCCAAGAAUGUUUGUAUGCAGAUUUGACUUCUACGUCCACACAAGAUGCUCCGCGUCCAUGCAUCCGCGACCGACGAUGCCGCGCAAGUCCAGAGCGACUUUGUAGAAUCAUCCGCUUCGAGCGACGACGCCUCAUCGGACGUGGGUGUACCCGCCACGGUUGAGGCGGUGCUUGGAGUACCAGUGGUAGUGCAGGCCGCCGAGCAGGUCGAUGACGACGACGACGUUGUCAUUACAGAAGUCCGACAACCUACAAUGCAACACCAUCCGACGUACAGGUUCAUGAUUCCAACUCUUCGACAACAUCACGUCCGCACCAAUCCGAGACCGCUGCCGACAACUGCGUCUACUGCGAUCGAUUUAGUCGACGAUGCAAUGAACAGUUCCCCACCACGUCCUCUGAAGCGACGACGUGCAGACGGCAUGGUGGUCCCACCUAUUCCACCAGUUCCUGCGGAAGACGUCGGUCGUGUCCAGCAAGAUUCGAUCAACGCGGCCAAGUUCCACAUGCGAUGCCCUCUAUGUCUCGACACCAUGGUGUCCAUCACAUCCACAAGAUGCGGUCAUGUGUACUGCAGGGACUGCAUCGCCCAAGCCAUCGUCGAUAUGCAUCGAUGUCCACUGUGUAAUAAAGGACUCACGUUGCGGGACAUCCAUCCCGUGUUCCUCUAAACGUAGUUAAUAUAUAAUAAUAGCCAA